AUAUGAAAAUUUUACAUGAACUUUAAUUAAUGAUUGAUACGUUAUCCAUUGUUGAACUUUAAUGUGGUUUUUCAUUUCCAUAUCUUCACUCAUAAGGAACUGAAACUGAUAAAUGGUGAUAAAUUCUCCAUUGGUUGAGUCGUGAGUGUUGGAUAGAGAGAAAAGGUGAGAAAAAAGAAAGAUGUAUGUGACUAGGCCUUUGUCUAUGUAUAGAAGAUCUCCAAGUACUCUUUCAAUACCACCACCAGAUGGUCCAUAUUCAGGUUAUCUUGUGAUCACAGAUGAAGAAGCAGAAGCAGAAGACACGUGUUGUUGGCGUCUGUGCAGGCAUAAGAAGGUGAAGAAGCUACCUUUUCCUCAGGACAAAAUCUUCUCUAUCACUCAUGCAUCAGAGUAUCAGCAAACUUCAAACACCAAGGUCUGGUUUCUAUCUGUGCCUGAUCACCCUCUAUCUUCCAACCGCUACUAUGUCAUCAAAGCCAAAGGCAGACAUAAAGGGAAAGCAUACAAGUGCUCAAGAGAGGGGGACAUUGUGACAUGUUGCUUCACUGACAUGUUGAAUGAUGAAAGGCCAAAGCCUUUCAAUCUGAAGGACUUGUACCAAAUUUUCAAGAUUCACAGCCACCAGAGUGAUGGUUUCUUUGGUAGGUCCAUAACUCCUGAUGGAAUUCCCCCCUCAUUCCUAAGGAAAAAAGGGUGGAGAAUGGAAAUCUCAGGCUCAUAUAGGUCAUGCAGACUGAGUGAAGCUCUAGGAGUUGAUGCUUCUCUAAGGGAACAGCUACCAGAUUUGAACUUCCCCAUCUCAAGAAAACGUUCACCUCCUGUGACAGUAGGAAAAUGGUACUGUCCAUUCAUUUUUGUGAGAGAUGGGACAAGAAUGAGACAGCAGAUGAAGAAGUGCAUGUAUUAUAGCAUGACUCUUGAGCAAAGGUGGGAAGAGGUAUACUCUUGUGGGAGUGAAGAGAGUGAAGGGGGUGAUGGUGUUGUGGCUGUGAAUGUGAGUGUGGAGAGAGAGAUGGUUAUGGUGUCUGGCAUUAAAGCUACAAGGAAUGGAAGCAGUGAUGCUGAUGGUUUCUUUUGGUUUAGGGCAUAUGAUCCAUACAACAGGAGAAAGGCUAAUGUGGGUUUGAGUUCAGCAAUUGUUGAGCACAUGAGAUGGGUGCAGGAGGGUGGAGGAUGGGCCCAUGGUCAUGGAAGAGAGAAGAUGGUGAGAGUGAGGGAAGAGGCAAGAAACCAGAGUGAGUGGCUAAGGUUUGCAUGCUAUGUGUUAGUGGAAAGUUUUUGUUUGAGGACACUAGAAGGGAAGUUAGUGUUGAGAUAUGACUUUAGGCACAUACACAACGUUAAAUGCAAGUGGGAGUAAGGAUCUAAAUAAGUACUUUUGUUACUUUUUCUAGGAUUAGAAUUGAAGUUUUAUGUUUUAUAUCGAUCAUGUUCAGAUAAAAAGUAUUUAGAAAACUCUAUCUAAGUUUUAUUUUAAUGUUAA